GGAGUUCAAAACCCUAAUGCCGCUUUUGACGUCCUCCUCCAACAAAACCCUAAUACCCAUCCUUUUUCGCCUCCUUCAUUUCACUCGCCGAGAGAGAUAGAGAGAGAGAGAGCGCGCGCAAAAAAGUACGAAAGCGUCCAACCAUGGCGGCAGCAACACCAUCACCGGUGAAAUCAGUGCAAUGCUUCGGUCGCAAAAAGACAGCUGUAGCAGUAACAUACUGCAAAUCUGGACGAGGUUUAAUCAAGAUCAAUGGAACUCCAAUCGAGUUAAUUCAACCUGAGAUUCUUCGUUACAAAGUGUUUGAACCAAUUCUUCUUUUAGGUCGUCACCGCUUCAGCGGCGUUGACAUGAGGAUUCGUGUCAAAGGAGGUGGUCACACCUCUCAAAUUUACGCAAUUCGUCAGAGUAUUGCUAAAGCUCUUGUUGCUUACUACCAGAAGUUUGUUGAUGAACAACAGAAAAAGGAAAUUAAGGACAUUCUUGUCAGGUAUGAUCGUACUUUACUUGUUGCUGAUCCUCGUCGUUGUGAGCCCAAGAAGUUUGGUGGUCGUGGUGCCCGUGCUAGGUUCCAGAAAUCUUACCGUUGAAGGAGAAAGAGAGAAGAUUUACGGAGAAGAAAAAAGAAUCUUUUUGUUAUUUUUGGAGCUUUUUUUGCCCUUUUCGUUUAGGCGUUAUUAUGGAUGUAUGAGUCCUUUCUCUGUUUUUAACCGUUAUUUCUGGUUGAAGUUUAUAUUGUCGGAUUUUAUAUUAUGAUAUGAUAUCUUAGUUGUUUUGUGCUGGAUUAA